AUGUCUUACCACGGCCAUUGCAAUUGCGAGAGCAUUCGCGUCACUCUUCCCGAGCAACCCGAGACCUCAGCUAUUUGUCACUGCAAUAACUGCAAGCAAGCAGGUGGUGGUCCCUUCUCUGUCAACUACAUUGUCAAUGAAGAUGACUUGACCGUUGAGGAUCCCAAUGGGGCUUUGAAGAUCUACGAGGACAAGAAUUCCGAUAGUGGCAAUGUUGUGAAGCGUCAUUUUUGUUCCAGCUGCGGCAGCCCAGUGUUCACCAAAACCCCCAAGGCCCCUGGAGUAGUCUUCCUCAAGGGCCCCUUGUUUGACAUUGUCUCCACUCCUGCACUUGAGGUGUUUACCAAUAAGCAGUACGACUGGGUGAAUCUCAAGCAGGGAGAAAUCGAGGCCUGA